AGCAGAAGAAGGUUUUUCCUGAUUCUGUCUCAGCUGACUGAAGAUGAGUGACGUGGACAAAGAGGAGGACAGAUCAGAAUCUGUGGACAGACUCACAGCAGGAUCCAGCAGGUUGUCUCUGAAGAGUGAACGGUCCAAAGGUGAAUCACUAAACUUCAGUGCUGAACCUGGACCUUCAGACUCAAACCUCAGUUACGUCUCAUCCAAAUAUAAAGAACUGGUCUCCAGAAGCAUCCAUAUCUCAGCAGGACGUCCCCAAAUCUACCAGCUGAAACCCAAGAAGGAGGAGUUUGGCACUCUGACUAGAAAGACUGUUGGAGAGAAAAACCUGAACAGGCCCAAUAAAACCAUCCUGCUGGUCGGUGAAACAGGAAGUGGAAAGUCUUCACUGAUCGAUGCUCUGUUCAACCACAUGAUGGGAGUGACCUGGGAGGAUGAAGUCUGGUUUGAGAUAGAGAAAGAGGAGAAGAGUCAGUUCAAACAGAGGGAGAGUCUGACUUCAGACGUUAUCGUGUAUCAGAUCUUUGGUUAUGAAGGUAAUGUUCCACCCUACUCUCUGACCAUCAUUGAUACUCCUGGAUUUGGAGACACCAGAGGGACUGAACAUGAUGCCAAGAUCAGUGAACAACUGCUGGACCUGUUUCAAGCAAAGGGCGGCGUGCGCAGCGUUGAUGCUGUGGGUCUGGUGUUGAAGUCAACGGACAAUCGACUGAGUGACCCACUGCUGUACGCCUUCAACUCAGUGAUGUCUCUGUUUGGAAAAGAUAUGGAGAGAAACAUUGUGGCUCUGGUGACUCACUCAAGUGGAGCCAGACCUCAAGACACUCUGAAGGCUCUCGAAUCAUCCAAGAUAAAAUGUGCAAGAGAUAAAAAGAACCAACCAACUCACUUCCAGUUUGACAACCAGCAGAAAACAGAGAGAACAGAGGAAGAUGAAUUCAGUUUGGAGCAUGCAUGGAAAAUCACCAAUAGAGGGAUGAACCAGUUCACUGCCUUCUUAGAUAAAAUAGCUCCUCAGAAACUGGAUGAAACUGUCAAACUCCUGAAUGAACGCGUUCGUCUGGCAGCCUGCAUCCAAAACCUGCAGGAGCGGAUCCAUCGGAUAGAGCUGAAGAGAAGAGAGAUCCAGCAGAAGCAGGAAGCUGUGAGAGAAUAUGAAGAAGGGAAAAAGAAGAAUCAGAGUUUCACUAAGAUGGUGGAUGAGCCAUAUAAAGAAAAAGAGAACAUUUCUGGAGGCUCUUACUUCAUCUGGAAUUCAGGAGCUCAGGAAGUGUCCUGGAUCAUCUCAUGUCAAAGAGACAUGGAGAUAUAUCACUAA